AUGUCAAGUCGACGCGGCUAUACGCUCCGUACGCCCUACGAAAUUCAACGAAGACAAAGACUACAACCCGUCAACUGCUGGGAACGACGAUGGGUGACACCUAACAAUGCGCUUCCUGGAUCAACGCACAAAGUAUUAAAAUGGGUGAAAACCGAUCGAAUGCCGGACUUCAGCGACGAGGAGGAUGAACGAGCAGAACGGCCCGCCAUAGUAGUGGACGAGGAGCUCGAAGACGCUCAACGUGCAUCUGCUCUUCCAGAAGGCGAAGGAGCCGACAACGAAGGGGAUGAUGAUCAACCCGGCACUCCACCACCCACCGUGGACAACGUUGAGCAAACACCUGACAUUCCAGACGUUCAGACUAGCACCGUCUUGGAACCCAGUACGGUAGAAGAAGAAGAAGAAGAAGAAGGACCCGAACAGGUGAACGAUCAACAGGAGACCGAUGAGCUUGGUUUUCCUAUCGCUCAAGCUUCGGGUGAUACCUCGGGGAAGAUCUUAACGGCACCUGCAUCAGAUGGACCUGACUUGGGCGCUAUAUCCCGCGCGCACCAGCUACUUGAUGAUGCACCUACAUUUGAUCCGUCUUCCGACGUCAUUCAAGAUGCCAUUGUGCCGGAUGAGGCCAUGGAAUUUGCAGUUGGACAACCAUAG